AUGACACAAUGGCAACCAUUGAUUGAUAAAAUAGUAGCUAAAAUAUCAUCCUGGACUGCACGAAAGCUCUCAUAUGCUGGCAGAGUUCAACUUAUUAGAACUGUCCUCUUUGGAGUUCAAUCCUAUUGGUCUCAAAUAUUCCUGAUGCCCUCCAAGGUGAUCAAGCUUAUUGAAGCCUACUGUAGAAGCUUCAUGUGGUCAGGAACAAAUGUCAUUACCAAACGUGCAUUAAUAUCUUGGGACAAAGUCUGCCAACCUAAGAGUGCUGGAGGGCUAAACAUCCUAAAUCUCAAAAGCUGGAACAAAGCUGCCAUUCUCAAGCUGCAAUGGGACUUGGCAACAAAGGCAGAUAAAUUGUGGAUCAAAUGGAUUCAUAUGUACUAUAUAAAAGGGCACUCUUUAGAUACAGUUAAAGUACCAAAGCAAGCGAGUUGGAUGGUUCAAAAGAUCAGGACUGUUGCUGGGCUAAAUACACAGAUGCAGGGGGAUAAUGGCAAAUGCAGAAUCAAGCAGCUGUACUUGCAGCAAAUUGGAGCACUACCUAAAGUUGAGUGGAAAACAAUCAUGUUUAGUAAUCUAGCAACGCCUAAAGCAUUGUUCUCCAUGUGGCUGAUCAUCCAAGAGAGAAUGAUGACAACUGAUAGGUUGAACAAAUGGAACAUUAACGUUGAUCCAAUAUGUGUUCUGUGUGGAAAUCAUCCAGAGACUCAUGCGCAUCUAUUCUGGGAAUGUACAAAUAAAAACGUGGGAUCAGCAUGGUUUGUGGAGAAAGCAAAGAAGAAAACUGUUGAAGGACAGCUCUUGCGAAUGGUUCUAGCUGAAAAUUUGUAUAGUAUAUGGACUGAAAGAAACCAUAGAGUUUUUGAAAAAGCACAUAAAGAUACUAAGAGCAUUAUUACAGAGAUAGCAUAUACAUGUAAUGUAUGGGCUGAAGGCAAACUUAAAGAAGUCCUACAACAAAGGCUUUUAUAG